AUGAGAUUCUCAAAUCUUUUAUUGAAUAUGAAAAAUAUCCAACCGACUGUAAUACAAACAGAAAAUGAUUCUAUUCUAUCGGCAACAGCAUCGCGUCAUUAUGUUAAUAAUAAUAUAGAAAAACGAAUUAUUAGUGAAAAUGAUUCUAUACAAGCUGCAUUUGAACAUAUCGAAUCAAUUCGUCGUGGUUUCGGUGUCAAUUGUGGUCUGGAUUCGACUGGUCAAUCGAUUAUAAGUAAUCUUCAAGGAAUGAUUGAACGAAGUCUUGAAAAAUUAUCAAAUGAUCUCUAUUCGGAACAAGGUCAUUUCGUACUUGAACUUAUUCAAAAUGCUGAUGAUAAUCAAUAUUUAGCGGAUCGUGUGCCCACACUACGUUUUGUUCUUUCUUCUGAACGUAUUCUCAUUUGUAAUAAUGAAAUUGGCUUUCGACCAAUGCAUAUUUCGGCUAUUUGCAAUGUUGGUGCAUCGACUAAAGGCAAACACAAACAAGGAUAUGCUGGACACAAAGGUAAAAUGAUUAGUUCUUGUCGAUAA